UCUCUCUCUCCUUAUUUACUCCUUACUUAUUAGCUCUCUCUUCUUUUAUUUCAGCGCUAGUACUAUACUACUGUCCAAUCUCCAUUUAUCUCUAUUAGUAGAAGCAACUGCAUAUUUUACAUAAUACUAUAAAGUAUCACAAUAGCUACAAUUUUACUCAAAUCCAUUUUUCUCCAAUGGGUCGAUCUCCAUGUUGUGAUAAAGUUGGUUUGAAAAAAGGACCUUGGACACCUGAAGAAGAUCAAAAACUCUUGGCUUAUAUUGAAGAACAUGGCCAUGGUAGCUGGCGUGCAUUACCUGCCAAAGCUGGACUUCAGAGAUGUGGAAAGAGUUGUAGGCUGAGGUGGACUAAUUACCUAAGGCCUGAUAUCAAGAGAGGGAAAUUCACUUUACAAGAAGAACAAACCAUCAUUCAACUCCAUGCUCUCUUAGGGAAUAGGUGGUCGGCCAUAGCAACUCAUUUACCGAAAAGAACAGAUAAUGAGAUCAAGAAUUAUUGGAAUACGCAUCUUAAGAAACGGCUACUGAAAAUGGGCAUUGACCCAGUGACCCACAAGCCCAAGAAUGACACCCUCUUGUCUAAUGACGGUCAGUCCAAGAACUCAGCCAACCUUAGCCACAUGGCUCAGUGGGAAAGCGCGCGGCUCGAAGCCGAAGCUAGACUUGUUAGACAAUCCAAACUGCGGUCCAAUAGUUUUCAAAAUUCAUCAUUUGCCUCCCAAGAAUUUACAACCUCUUCACCUUCUAGUCCUCUUAACAAACCUGUGGUGGGCCCUUCUCGAUGUCUGGACGUACUCAAGGCGUGGAAUGGUGUUUGGACCAAACCAAUGAAUGAAAUUACGGCCAGUGGCAGUGCGACUAUUUCUGUCACUGGACUGGACCUGGAAGAGUCUCCUACGUCUACACUAGGCUAUUUUGAUCAAAACGCGCCGCAUAUUUCCACACCAGGGAUUAAUGGAGGAAAUUCUACGGUUUUGUUUGAAUUCGUUGGAAAUUCGUCAGGAUCAAGUGAAGGUGGAAUUAUGAAUAACGAGGAAAGUGAAGAAGAUUGGAAAGGAUUUGGAAACUCAUCAACAGGACAAUUACCUGAAUAUAAAGAUGGGAUUAAUGAAAAUUCUGUGUCAUUCACUUCAGGACUUCAAGAUUUAACUAUGCCAAUGGACAAUACGUGGACAGCUGAAUCUCUAAAGUCAAAUGCAGAGCAAAUUUCCCCUGCCAAUUUUGUGGAAACAUUUACAGAUCUAUUGCUUAGUAGUAAUUCAGGUGACGGGGUUUUGUCGGAAAACGGCACGGAAUCCGAUAACGGCGGCGAAGCUGGUGGCAACGGAAAUGCUAGUGAGAAUUGUGAAGAUAACAAGAAUUACUGGAAUAGUAUUUUUAACUUAGUCAAUAAUUCUUCACCCUCUGAUUCGGCUAUGUUCUAAUUUAGUUUUUUUUUUUUUUAAAUUAGCUAGUGAUUUUGAUUUAAUAAUUCCUUAUGUUAAUGUGUGUGUUACAGCAAAUUAAUUAAUGACUAUUGUGGUGUGAAAUUUACAAGUGAGGAAAAAACACCAUGUGUAGAUUGUAGA